GUAGAAUACACCGUUUGGUAUGUGUGAUUGUGUAUGUCGCAUCAGCUGAAAGCUGAGACAAAACAAUCUCAACUCAACUAUCUCAACAAUCACAACUAAAAGUUGAGAUAUAACAAGUACUCAAAAUGAGUGAUAGUUUCUGUCACAUCACAGAAUGUAUUGUUUCUGCUAAAAAAAAUUAUGCAUUGUAAACAAUACAUACCUAAUGACAAUCUCAACAAAACUAUCGCAACUUCCAAACUGACCCCUUAACUACUUCCCCGUUCCCACUUUUUUGUUCCAUCACGGCUCUCCACGUGUUCAAAUCGCUUCCGCCCACCAACGCAAAAGCAAAGAAGAAACAACCUUUUACAACUCGGCGAAGCAACCCCGCAGCGAGGGCCCCACCCUGUUUUAUCCACUCAAUUUCUCGUCCCUUCUCUUUCUUCCAAUAUCUCCGUCAUUCUAUUUUCCAUUUUUAUUUUAAUACGAGUUAGUUCCUCCUUUCUUUUCUUCCGUCUCUGUCCUCCAGCUCCCUCUCUCUCUCUCUCUCUUCUUCUGUUCAAGAUUUUCUAAAACAGUAAAAAUCUAGACCGGGAACCAAGCCUCUUCUCCCUCUCUGCUACUUUGCCGCUCUCCACGUUCCCGCUGCAAAAAAGAAAUUUACCCCCUACUACCACCACCACCAUCACAAUCUCCCUUUUUAACCAAGAAAAAACAAAAACCCUAACCCUAUCUCCAAUUAAAUUCACCCCCCCUUCGCCUUCUUUCCUAAUCCCAUCCAACUUCCUUUCAUUUCUUUUUAACAAAAUUGAUUGAUUCUAUCUUCUUCUUCUUCUUGAUUCGGAGAAUUUGUUGUAGAUUUCACGGACCUCUCAGAUCAACCCAGAUCUGGAUUCCGACUAUGUGAACGACCCUUCCUCCUCUCUCACUGUUACUCUCUGUGUUCUUGAAUCUGAUACUCAAUCCCCCACUUCCCAGUUACCUGAUUGGAAUUCGUAUCGAGGUAGGUUGGUUGCCUUUAGAGCUUUUCUUGUUUUUUUAUUUUAAUUAAUACCUUUUCUUGGCAGUUUUAGUUCCGUGUUACUAUUUUUUGAAUUUUUGUUGGAGCGGUUUUAGCGGUUUCCCCCCUCAUCCUUUUACCAGUCUCAAAACGGUAUUGAUGAUUUUUUUUUUGUCUUCUGGGAAUUGCGCUAAUUCUUAAUUCUGUGAAUUUGAUGCAGCAACAUGCAUUGCUUUAAUCACCUGCUUCUGUGAUUUGAGUGCUGGCAAGUGUGGUUCAGUUCACAAUGGGGGAAAUUGCAGCUUGUCAGGAGGAGGUCACUGUCGAUGGGGUUACGGACGAUAAGAAGAAUGGUUCUGAAACAAUUCCAUUGAGCCGCGAUGGAGAUGGGGAUACCCCGGAGCCUAAAGAUUCGAAACUGGGGUUGCCUCCCGUUAAGGAGCAGCAGGGGAAAGAAGCUUCCCACGAGGACAUGACGUCUGAGGUUUACAACCCAGUAAUUUCCCCGAGGGAGAAUAAUGCCGCCGCCUCUGGUGGCUGCUUGGGCACUGCCAGCCCGAGGACUGAAGUUGUGGCGAGGACUAAUAAUGAAGUGGGUUCGAGCGAAGUGACGUCACAUUCUUCUGGUUCUUCCAGCCCAGCCGAGACCUUGAGCGAAGAUGGGGAACCCAGCAGCGGAAACAAAACCAACAAUUCGGCCAAUGAUUCCUUCAGUCCAUUCUCCACGACCCAUGUGGUGUUGGAGAUUCCCAAGGAUGCUAGCAGUUCCUCGGGGAUUAGGAAGAUUACUUUUAAGUUCAGCAAAAGGAAAGAGGAUUAUGAUACUGCUCCCGCGGCUCCUACCUCGGUCGAGCACAUGAAUGACGACAAUGUUCACGAAUCAUCAUAUGGCUACGAGAAAUAUGGUAGGGGGUACUCUGGAUGGACUGAUUCCGAUGUCUAUAUGACUGAAACGCAAGAUGCUUACUCGUUUAUGCCCACUAUGGAAACUACCCUGUCUAAGAAGCUUUUAGCCAACUAUCCAACGAAUGUGAAGAAAUUGCUCGCCAUUGGGAUCCUUGAUGGUGCUCGGGUCAGAUAUAUAUCUUUUGCUCCAGAGCGAGAGUUAGAGGGGGUCAUAGCAGGUGGCGGAUAUCUAUGUGGCUGUUCUGUCUGCAGUUUCUCCAAGGUUCUCAGUGCAUACGAGUUUGAGCAGCAUGCUGGUGUUAAGACCAGGCAUCCAAACAGCCACAUAUAUUUAGACAACGGCAAGCCAAUCAGUAGUGUCGUUCACGAGAUAAAAACUGCUCCAUUGAAUGAAGUUGAGGAAGUGAUAAGGGAUGCGGUUGGUUCCUCCCUCAACGAAGAGUUCUUCCAGAACUGGAUAGCUGGGUUUCAGCAGAGCUAUGGCAUGGUUGAAGAAGAUACCUACUUUGUCAAAAAGCCUAGUUAUUUACUUCAGUCUGAUGUCAGCUGCUCUAGUCAUGCUUUUGAAGAAAGUUACUGGAGUGGGUAUGGUUCUUAUGUAGAUAACAGGUCAAUCAGCCAGCAGCCGUACAUGGAGACUACAUCUGGGAAAAAACGUUCGAUGAAGCGAGCUCGUGACCAUGCUUCUGGCUCUGUUCGGAAAAAUAAUUCAAAAAGAAGAAGGGACAAUGAUCUUCAUCGGUUACUUUUCAUGCCAAAUGGUCUCCCUGAUGGUGCUGAAUUAGCUUACUUUGUUAAAGGACAGGAAAUGCUGAGUGGCUACAAGUUGGGCAACGGUAUAUUUUGCAACUGCUGUAAGAAAGAGAUCAGUCCUUCACAGUUUGAAGCCCAUGCUGGAAUGGCUGCAAGGCGUCAACCAUAUCGUCACAUCUAUACUUCUAAUGGAGUGAGCCUCCAUGAUAUAGCCAUUUCAUUGGCAAAUGGGCAAAAUCUUGUUACUGGUGUCAGUGAUGAUAUGUGUGCAAAAUGUGGAGAUGGAGGGGAUCUUGUUUAUUGUGAUAAUUGCCCUCAGGCUUUCCAUCGAGCAUGUAUAGAGCAACAGUAUAUUCCAGAAGGUCCUUGGCAUUGUCCAGACUGCAAGGAAGUUGGUCCUGAAGAAAAUUUUGCUAGAGCUAAUGUCAUCCGGUUGAAGCGAGUUGUUCAAACACCAGAAUAUGAUGUUGGUGGUUGUGUUGUUUGCAGGGCUCGUGAUUUUAUUUCUGGUACUUUUGAUGACCGCACAGUUAUCUUCUGUGAUCAGUGCGAGAGGGAAUUCCACGUUGGUUGCUUGAGGGAGCGUGGUCUGUGUGAUUUAAAAGAAAUACCGGAAGGAAAAUGGUUUUGCUGUAAUGAAUGUUAUCGGAUCUAUGUCGCUCUGCAGAAGUCUAUUUCUAGUGGGGUGCAGACAGUAUCUGAUUCUCAGCUGGACAUCAUCUGUCGAAAGCACUCAGAGAGAGGAUUAAACAUUGAUAGAGCUAAUGUCCAAUGGCAUAUUCUGAUGGGAAAAGAACGCCGUGAAGAAGAUCUUCCCUUCCUUUCGAAAGCUACAUCAAUUUUUCGGGAGUGUUUUGAUCCCAUCAAAGCUAGAAAAGGUCGUGAUCUGAUUCCUCUUAUGGUGUAUGGGAGGAACAUAUCUGGACAAGAGUUCCAGGGGAUGUAUUGCGUGGUUCUGACUGUGAAGAAUGUUGUGGUAUCUGCUGGGCUUCUUAGAUUUUUCGGCAGUGAGGUUGCGGAACUUCCCCUAGUGGCGACCAGUCGAAAGCAUCAGGGGAAAGGUUACUUCCAAGCUCUCUUUUCAUGCGUGGAGAGAUUUCUGAGCUCAUUGAAAGUGGAGAGCCUGGUGCUUCCCGCUGCUGUGGAAGCCGAAUCGAUCUGGACUAAAAGAUUUGGCUUCGAAAGGAUGAGCGAUGAAAAUUGGACAAAGUACUCGAAGGAAUUCCAGCUGACGAUGUUCGGCGGUACAUCGAUGCUGGAGAAGAAGGUGCCAGUGGAAAUCGACUGAACAAAGACUGGUGCGUGCGCUUCAAACUUUCCAAUAACUCCAAGACUGGGCAAGGAUGAGGGGGAAAAAAGGGAAGAAGUAGAAAGGUUGUCUCAGAGAUUUAGAUAGUAGGGCUCUUUAACCAUGCGGGGUUUUGGGGAAAUAUGCUUCUGCUGCAUCAUUUAUUGUUAGAUGGUUUCCUUCCUGCUCCGGCAGCAGUAAGACUAAGGUGUUCUUUUUGGCUGAAAUAUUUCUUGGUAGCAGCUGAAUUUGAUAGCUGCAAAAGGGGUAUUAGGGAGGGUAAAAAAAUUAGGGCGGAAUUUCGUAGGUAGGCAGUCGGCAGGGUUUUCGGUCUUUCUCUAUUUUGAUAAAAAAAAUUAAAAAAUGCAUGCGUGUGAAGCCGUCUGUACUGUAGUUCUCAUACUGACAUAUCGUGCACAGGGGAAAAGGGCACUCUUCUUUUUAUUAUCGGUACCCUUUUUCUAUAUGAAUACCAGAAACAGUCCAGAACUUUGUGGAGCAUAGAUUCUUUCUUUCUGUUUUCUUUAAGGGGCGUACUAUUUGUAGCCCUAAAUUGUCUUUAUUUGUAGUCCUAAAUUAUAAAAAGUACAAUAAUACCCAUCACAUUUAAAUACAUUUAGUUCACACAUUCCAAGACCAAAAUAUUCAAACACUUUCUCCAGACACAAUCCUACAAUACUCGCCGCCGGCGACAGCUACCUCCCGCCGGAGACCGCCACCUCCCGCCAACGACGACAGAAGGUAAUGUUUGUUCGUCGUUUGACUGCCAUUUGACCGCCGCCGGCGAGGGCGACGUCCUGCCGAGGCGUCGUCGGCGACGAACAAACGUCCUGAUCCAUCUCCGGCGCCAUCUACUGCUUUGCCGGCGGCGGCGUUGACCGGGUUAGGUCAGGUAGGGUUCCCGUGGGCAGGGGCGGAGGGAGAGGGAUAGAGGGUGGGUCCCGGGACCCACCCUGACUCGGGAGGAAUAAUGGUAAAUUCGGUAUAAUAGUUAAUCGUUUAGGAAAAUUUUUAUGUAUGUUUCAAAGUUGUGCAUUGACAUAUUUUUUUGUUAUAACAAACUAUAUACAAUGAAAUGGUGCAUAUGAUCCGCUUAAUUUGUAAACAUAAUUUUAUGUCAAUCAGGGGUAGGGAGAGUAACGGGUGGCUUUUAGUGAUGAAAAUGAGUAAAUUAGUACAAUAGUUAAUUGAGUAUGGAAUUUAGGGCACUUCUAAUUGAGAAUAGUUGACCAAGAGACCAUGUAUUCGAAUCUUGGGAACUCCAUUUGUUAAGCACAUUAUAUUCGAAUUGGCUAAAACUUUAAGCACGUAUAAGUUGGUUUUCGAGUGGGGAAGUGUUAGUAAAUACUAAAUAGUAUAAGAUCCAUUAUUAAACCUUUCGCAACCACUCGACUUAUUGAUACUAAAUGGUAUUGACAAAGAACAUCAUUCAUAAACAAAUGUCUAAGUAAAUCAUGAAUAACUGCUUGAUAUAUUUAGAGCGAUAUUUUUUACAAUUUCGACAAAUAUUUAAUUUACCAAGUUUUUUAAAAUAAAAAUUAUAUCAUGAAUGAUUUAGAAAGCUAAUAAAAUUAUUUUAUCGGA